AGCUCUAUUUCCUAAAAGGUUUUUUAUGAAUAUACGCAGAGCCAAUUUAACAAAUUUAUGCAUUUAUUGAUAGUUUAUAACCUUAAAACUAAAAUGCGCGGUGAGUGGGUGGGCCCGCGGUUAAGGCAUUAGCAUGAAGCUAAUUCGAGCUAGAAGCUGCUUUAAAGCCAGGACGUGUGCGUUAAAUUACAACCAUCCUCUAUAUAUAGAAUAACCCUGUGUGUUUUUAACGGUUUGCAGGGCUAACAACGCUACAUGUUGCUACAUUUAUCACGUUCUGCUGCUGUUGUUGGCUCUCCAACGGAGCGUCACUCGAACUGUCCAGAACCUCGCGGUGCUAGCCGACCCCGAAACCUGCCGGGGCGGGUUCCUGGGGCUCGCGCGCGGCAGCCCGGUAACGGCUGGUUUCGUAACUCGGCGGGUCGCUGCUCUGUUUGUGUCGCAUCUUGUGGAAAGUUGUUGUCAUCGCCCGCACACGUCCCUGACGCUGCGUCAUCACCUAGGAAACGGGAGCAGGCCUUUCCUGCAUGCGUGUAGCCCGUUUGCCUCUGCGCGCACUGAAGCGGGACUGGUGUUGUUUGUAAGAAAGUCUGGAGCUGUUGGGAUGUCAGCUUCUGGUGUCGCUGCAUCAGCUGUUACCACCAUGAUUCUGCAGUGUUGAUAGACGAAGAUGAAGAGGAGCCGGCACCUCAGCACCAGUGAUGACUCAGACAAUGGCAGUAGCUCCACCUGCUGGUCUCAUUCGUCGCAGCACCGGAGGGGCGGCGGGCAGAAACCCUCUGAGGUUUUUAGGACGGACCUGAUCACCGCCAUGAAAUUACACGACUCCCAUCCGCUCAACCCAGAGGACUACUUUGUGCUCGCCGACCCGUGGAGGCAGGAGUGGGAGAAGGGAGUCCAGGUUCCUGUCAGUCCGCAGUCCAUCCCACAGCCCGUCACCAGAGUGUUGGUGGAAAAAGAGAAGGAGCUCAUGUUCAUCAGGCCAAAGAAGCUGAUCCGCACGUCUGGCACGGAGGCGCUGGGAUACGUGGACAUCCGCACGCUGGCAGACGGGGUGUGCCGCUACGACCUGAACGAGGAGGACGUGGCCUGGCUGCAGAUCGUCAACGAGGAGUUUGCAGAGAUGGGCCUGCCUCUGCUUGACGAGAACACCAUGGAGCGGGCGAUGGAGGAGUUUGAGCGCCGCUGCUACGAUAACAUGACGCACGCCAUGGAGACGGAGGAGGGGCUGGGCAUCGAGUACGACGAGGACGUGGUGUGCGACGUCUGCCAGUCGCCGGACGGCGAGGACAACAAUGAGAUGGUGUUCUGUGACAAGUGCAACAUCUGCGUUCACCAGGCCUGCUACGGCAUCCAGAAGGUCCCCCAAGGCAGUUGGCUGUGCCGGAUCUGUGCGCUCGGCAUCCUCCCGAAAUGCCAGCUGUGUCCCAAGAAGGGGGGGGCCAUGAAGCCGACCCGGAGUGGAACCAAGUGGGUCCACGUCAGCUGUGCCUUGUGGAUCCCAGAGGUGAGCAUCGGGAACCCAGAGAAGAUGGAGCCCAUCACCAACGUGUCCCACAUUCCCAGCAACAGAUGGGCUCUGAUCUGCUGCCUGUGCAAAGAGAAGGCCGGGGCCUGCAUCCAGUGCUCAGCCAAAAACUGCCGGACUGCCUUCCACGUGACGUGUGGCCUUCAGGCCAACCUGGAAAUGAACACCAUCCUCACUGAGGACGACGAGGUGAAGUUCAAGUCCUUCUGCCCCAAACACUCCGGACACCAAGGGGCGGAGCCGCGAGACCAGGAGUCGGAGGACGAGGAGGAGGAGGAGGAAGCCGCCGGCCAUAAAAAAGGCAGGAAGGGUGGGGUGACACGGGGGGGAGACGCGUCUUCCUACCCUCUGCCGUCCUACGACCAGGAAGGCCUCAGCCAGCAGGAGAAAAGAGUCAGCCUCCGCAAGCUGAAGCUGCAGGAGAUGGAGGAAGACUUCUACCGGUUUGUGGAGGUGGAGGAGGUGGCCGGCAGCCUGAAGCUCCCCCCAGAGGUUCUGGACUUCCUCUACCAGUACUGGAAGCUGAAACGCAAAGCCAACUUCAACCAGCCGCUCCUCACGCCCAAGAAGGAUGAAGAGGAGAGCCUGGCGCGACGGGAGCAGGAGGUCCUGCUGCGCCGCCUCCAGCUCUUCACCCACCUGAGGCAGGACCUGGAGAGGGUCCGGAACCUGACCUACAUGGUGACCCGGAGGGAGAAGAUCAAGCGCUCCCUGUGGAAAGUCCAGGAGCAGAUCCUGCAGCAGCAGGUGGUCCUGCUGGACCAGGAGCUGCUGAACGGCAAUCCUUCGCCCAAAGACCUGGAGAGGGUCUUCUCUCUGGGCUGGUUGUCCUCUCAGUCCAGCUUGUCCCCGAGUCUCCCUGAGCUGCAAACCAAGUCACCGAAGCAGAGGAGAAAGACGAGCAGCGACCGGAAGAACCAGUCCGACUCCUCUCACACCCAAAGGAGAGAAAAUCAGGCCAAACCCGUGGAGAUGAAGGACAGCAGCAGCUGUCAGCUGGGAGAAGUGGUUCCCGCUCAGGCAGGAGGCGGAGCUCCAGUCCAAAGCGCUGAAGUCAGCAGGGAGGGGUGGAGCUCCAAGCUCGGGAGGCCAGACGUCAUCCAGGAAGCUGUAGUCCGGCUGCACAAGGUGGAAAGCAGGAAGGCUCUGAGGAGGGAGGCCCCGCCCCCUGAACAGGAGGAGCGGGGGAGGAAGAGGAGAAGCGAGGCCGCGGACGGCUUUGCUUGUCCGAUGAAGAACAAGCUGGGGUCAAAACACCUGGAGAAAACCGUCUCCAUCAGGCUGGUGGACAUCAGGAACUCUGACUCAGACGAGUUCUUCAUCGACGAGGGCGUGGCCAAAAGAGGCCCCGCCUUCUCAGAUGUGACGCCAAACUCUAAGGUCAGCAGGGCCAGCGUGGUUUUAGACGCCGCCACUCUCCCGAAAGCCAACGUGUGGCUGAGAAGAACACCCAUCGAUGGCGCCCACGCCCCCCCGGGGGCCGCGGCCGGACACCUGAGGAGCUGGGGGAAGUUCCGGAUCCCCAGGCGGGGCGAAAGGCCUCCGGCUGUGGCGUGGAAGGAGGCGGCGGAGCCACACAAGCCUCUACUGAGGCCGCUGACCAACACGCCAGAGCCCUCCUACCCCAGAACACGACUGCGCACGGGGGCGGAGCAUGACGGGUACCCGCCCGACCCCAAAGGAGGUCAUGCGGAGCUGGAGCCCUGCCUGAAGCGCUGCCACUCCCACGAGCUGAGGGGCGACGCCUCUCUGGGGCGCCGCUACGGCUCAGACAUCAUCCGCAGGGGCGUGCUGGCCUCAUGAUGAGGGGGGGGGGGUCCGCUACUCUUUGUACCGCUAUUUUUCACUAGAGAUGACAAAAUGCUAGAUUCAGACCAGAGCAGAUAUUUAUUUUUUAUCCGUAACAUAAAUGUCAAGCUGAGCUAGAUUCUGUUUAUGUCCGUUUUCCCAAAGAAAAGGAGUAGAAAGAUGUCACGUUGCCAUGGAAACGCUGGCUCAUCACAGGGAAAAGCGGGUUGUUUUCCUGGGACCACAGGUUGCCAUGAUUAAGUGUUUGGGUCGUCCAGGUCUGGUCUCGGGCCAAACACAGGAAGUCCUUUUACGUCUCUUUUCGGGUGGUCAGAGUAGCGGCCAGUGUUUCCCCGGCAACAGCACUUACGUGUAAAGGAGCCGCGAUGGUUUCCGCCAUGUGCCUAACUUAUUUGAAGCGUUUGCACUACGAGAGGACGGCACAGGCGAAGAGUUAUUUUUUACACUGAAACAGGAACGGCGUUUUUCGAAACAGCGCCCGCCGCUGCACUGCUGUUAUGCAAAAAAGGAGGUUGUCGUCCCGAAGACACAAUAAAACUCUGAAGGUG